AUGAAGCAGCACAAGUGGUUCUUCUUCGGGUUAUUCUCGGGGCUUCUGGACUACCAAACGUCGCCAUCUGGCGGAGACGGCAAAGCCGAGCCCGACCUCAUCCGCUCUCCGCAACACGCUCAGACCGCCAUCAAAAUGGACAAGUCCGCAGAGCUGGACUCUGUCACAGAGCUGGAAACACUGCCCGAGUCCUACGCAUUCUACGCCCGGUCCGGCAUGACCAGCAACGACGGCAUGAUGAUGGACUCGACCCCGUCCCCGAGGUCCUCACACGUGCCCAACAGUGCGUCGCAUUUCAUCAGUGCUUCCGAGCUGUUGGCAGAGCACGAACGGAGGAAGUCCUACUCGGUGAACGCCAACUACACGCCGGACGUCGAGGCUGUGUACGCCAACUUUGACCCCAGGACGAAGACCUACGGAACCAAGACUGCAGGAGUGCCGCCACCCGAGUACGCGCCCAACGGCCACCUCGGCUACGACUCGUACGUGAACGCCAACGGCGGCACGGCCAUUCUUCCUGGACGUGAAGUUUAUAGUAACGUGGGGGGUAGUGCAAUGUCUGCUGCUGCUGCUGUUGUUGUUCACCCCGCAAAGAAAUGUUUGUAG